GUGAGCUUGACUACCGCAGCCGACUCCCAAUAGAGGUGAAUACACAACGCACGCCGCUGUACAGCACUGCCUCUUUCCGUUUCCUUUGGUAGUUGAUGAAAGGCACGAUGCUGCGGCAAACGAUCACCAGGUCGGCCCUUCGGAGGGGCGCGCAGAGCGUCAAUGCCGCCAGGACUUUCUCGACGUCGGGACGGAGACAAGCGGAGGUCGAACUUACUAUAGAUGGCAAGAAGAUCUCAAUUGAGGCUGGCUCGGCAUUAAUUCAAGCUUGCGAGAAGGCAGGGAGCGUCGUUCCAAGAUACUGUUAUCAUGAAAAACUUAUGAUCGCGGGAAAUUGUCGUAUGUGCUUGGUUGAGGUCGAAAAGGCACCAAAGCCUGUAGCAUCCUGCGCAUGGCCAGUCCAGGCCGGUAUGGUCGUCAAGACCAACUCGCCUCUUACACACAAGGCUCGCGAGGGUGUUAUGGAGUUUCUCCUGGCAAACCACCCCCUCGACUGCCCGGUCUGCGAUCAGGCCGGUGAGUGCGAUCUCCAGGACCAGUCGAUGCGUUACGGUUCAGACCGCGGACGAUUCCACGAGAUUGGCGGCAAGCGUGCCACCGAGGACAAGAACAUUGGUCCUUUAAUCAAGACUUCGAUGAACCGUUGCAUUCACUGCACGAGAUGUAUUCGAUUUGCCAACGAUAUUGCCGGUGCUCCCGAGCUUGGAUCUACCGGACGUGGAAACGACAUGCAGAUUGGCACAUACCUUGAGAAGAACUUGGAUUCCGAGCUGUCUGGAAACAUUAUCGACCUGUGCCCAGUUGGUGCCCUUACCUCCAAGCCAUACGCUUUCCGCGCUAGGCCUUGGGAGCUGAAGCACACUGAGUCCAUUGAUGUCCUUAACGGUCUCGGAUCCAACAUUCGCGUCGAUUCUCGCGGACUGGAGGUCAUGAGAAUUCUCCCAAGACUCAACGAUGAUGUCAACGAGGAGUGGAUUGAUGACAAGACUAGAUUCGCGUGCGAUGGUCUCAAGACCCAGCGUCUUACAACCCCCCUUAUCCGCAAUGGAGACAAGUUUGUACCAGCUACCUGGGAGCAGGCACUGACUGAGAUCGGCGCUGCAUACCGUGACUUUGCGCCAAAGGGCAACGAGUUCAAGUUCAUUGCUGGUGAGCUGACUGAGGUCGAGUCCAUGGUUGCGGCUAAGGACCUUGCCAACAAGCUUGGCUCUGACAACCUGGCCCUCGACCAGCCAAACGGAUCCCAGCCAAUUGCUCACGGUGUUGAUGUCCGUUCCAACUACCUCUUCAACUCCAAGAUCUGGGGUAUCGAGGAUGCUGACGCCAUCUUGAUCAUCGGAUGCAACCCCCGUCACGAGGCUGCGGUUCUUAACGCCCGCAUCCGCAAGCAAUGGCUUCGCUCCGACCUCGAGGUCGCCGUUGUUGGCGAGUCCUUCGAGUCCACUUUCGAGUUCGAGCACCUCGGUGCGGACGCCGCUGCCCUGAAGAAGGCCCUUGCCGGACCAUUCGGAAAGAAGCUCCAGGCUGCCAAGAACCCAAUGGUCAUCGUUGGAUCCGGUGUGACUGACCACGCUGAUGCCAAGGCCAUCUACGAGACCGUCGGCACCUUCGUCGAGAAGAACGCCAACUUCCUCACCGAGGAGUGGAACGGCUACAACGUCCUCCAGCGCGCCGCAUCCCGUGCCGGCGCCUUCGAGGUUGGCUUCACCACCCCCUCCGCAGAGGUCGGCAACACCAAGCCCAAGUUCGUCUGGCUACUCGGCGCUGACGAGAUCAACGCCGCCGACAUCCCCAAGGAUGCCUUCGUCGUCUACCAGGGCCAUCACGGUGACAAGGGCGCCCAGCUCGCCGAUGUUGUCCUGCCUGGUGCAGCUUACACCGAGAAGUCUGGCACGUACGUCAACACUGAGGGUCGCGUCCAGAUGACUCGCGCUGCUACCUCGUUACCCGGUGCCUCGCGCACUGACUGGAAGAUCCUCCGUGCUGCGUCCGAGUUCCUCGGCGCACCGCUUCCUUACGAUGAUGUCGCCGCUCUCCGCGACCGCAUGGUGGAGAUCAGCCCCGCGCUUGCGAGCUACGAUGUCGUUGAACCGGUGUCGAUGGGUAAGCUGAGCAAGGUACAGUUGGUGGACCAGAACAAGGGAAGCAAGGCGACGAACGAGCCGCUGAAGAAGGUCAUUGACAACUUUUAUUUCACAGAUGUUAUUUCAAGAAGCUCUCCAACGAUGGCACGCUGCUCGGCGGCGAAGGAGACGGGGAACCCAAACACCAACUUCAUGGCGGCAGGCGAGCAGCCACCGCCGCAGAUCACGUACGGGGAGGCCCAGGCUUAAGGCACGGGGGUGUUGUAUAAUCCUUUUAUCUGUCUCUCUGCGCAUUUGGGUGUUGGCUGUAUAUAUGGGAUCGUAGAAGUAAGAAAUACAGAAGUUAAAAGU